AUGGCUCGCUUCAGCUUGUCCUUCCUGACCGUCUUCCUCGUCCUGGCGGCUUUCGCUAUGUCGAUGCCCACCAAGCGCGAUGAAAACAAGGAUUUGGGGCUUGAUACCGCUCUCUCAGGUCUGGAGGAUGCCGCCAAGCUGGUGGGGGGCUUUAAUAAUAAGAACCACAACGACCACAACAACGAAGUUAAGAAAGACCAGGCCACAGCCAAUCAUGACUCCACGGAGAAGAAGCAGAAGGACACCAUUAAGGAGAAGGAGGGUGUUGCUACCCCAACCCCUACACAGAAGAAGCUUACCUCGGGCAACUUCGUGACACCUACGGCUACCCACACCACCCACCCUACCUCCCAACCUAAUAUCCUCGGCAAGAUCCCCCUCCUAGGUGGCUUAUUGGGUGGCGCUGGUGGCGGCCUGUGA